GCUGUCUGACUCCAUCCUGAUCGUCCUGCCCUCUCACUUCCCGGCUGACUUUGAUGCUGCCACCCGUUGCUGCUGUUGACAAGUUCCUUGCAGCAGUUAUCAAUACAAAAUAUCAGACUUAAUAUUAUAAGCCUCCAAGAAUGUUCCUGGGCUUCCCCCAGACCAAGACUUACUUCAACCACUUUGACCUGAGCCAUGGAUCUACUGAUGUUCAGACUCAUGGCGGCAAGGUCUUGGGUGCUCUUGUACAGGCUGCCAAACAUCUAGACAACUUGGAGGAAUCCCUGUCCAAGCUGAGUGACCUGCAUGCCUACAACCUGAGAGUGGACCCCGGAAACUUCCAUAUGCUGUCUCAUUCCAUCCUGGUCGUCCUGGCAUCUCACUUCCCGGCUGACUUUGAUGCUGCCACCCAUGCCGCUCUUGACAAGUUCCUUUCAGUGGUGUCUCACAUCCUCACCUCCAAAUACAGAUAA